AUGAGAGCCAUGGAAUUGCUGACCAUCAGAGUCUGUGAAGUGUCCCUGUCAAUGGCACAGUGUGGUUCGGCUGAUUAUGGAGGUGUGGCGGGAUGGGGGGCACAACUGCAAGGAAUCCAGGGACCCAAAGGUCAGAAGGGGGAGCCUUUUGCACUGCCUCCAGAAUUAGCCAUACUGUUCAGGGGAGACCCUGGUGACCCGGGCUUGACUGGCUUCAUAGGACCUCAAGGUGCUCCUGGUCUGGUGGGUGAACCUGGUCUAGAAGGAGACCCAGGUCUUCCUGGGCUUCCAGGACCCCCAGGACCCCCAGGACCCAUUGGCAAUAGAGGUCUUGGCUUUUAUGGAGAAACGGGUGAAAAGGGUGAAAUUGGACCUCCUGGUCCACCUGGGCUUCCAUCAACAGGAGAGUUAGUCACUUCAACGGAUGUAAUUCCAGGUGAAUACAAGGGUAUAAAAGGAAGAAAAGGAAUGAUGGGAGAAUCUGGAUUUCCAGGUUUACAUGCACAAGGAGCAGAAAAGGGAGAAGAAGGAAUAACUGGCUUUCCAGGACAAAGAGGUUUGCCAGGAAUCAAUGGUUUAAAAGGAGCUGAAGGGAGUGUGGGUAUCACAGGAAAUCAUGGAACCCAUGGCAGUCUUGGUCAGAAAGGGAUGAAGGGCGAACCUGGAGAUAAAGGAAUUCGAGGGCCACCAGCUUUCGCACGCUACCCCACAGUUUUGAAAGGUGUACUUGGUGACCGGGGAAAGGAUGGCAUUCCUGGCCUUGAGGGAGACAGGGGACCACAAGGCAGUCCUGGCCCACCUGGCUUACCCGGCACAGAUGGAUCAUUUGAUG